GCUACGCUGCCUAGACGCGGUUGCAAAUAAACGCGUAUCGGUUCGCGGACGCUGAAACCAGGUCCACGGUUCGUGGCCCUGGUUAUCUCGUUCUCUUCUUUUUUCUGUCUUUCGGUACGUCCUCGUCGCUUGCGAUGGCUGCGGUAAAUGCAAAUGCGCUGUCCAGUGACAUAAGCCGUAGAAAUCCCCAGGACGAGUAUGAGCUUAUACAGAGGAUAGGCAGUGGGACCUACGGCGAUGUCUACAAGGCUAAACGUCUCUCCAUGAAUGAUCUCGCAGCGAUUAAGGUUAUCAAACUGGAGCCAGGUGAUGACUUUGCAAUCAUUCAACAGGAGAUCUUAAUGAUGAAGGACUGCAGGCAUCCAAAUAUUAUUGCUUAUUAUGGAAGUUAUUUAAGAAGAGACAAAUUGUGGAUAUGUAUGGAGUAUUGUGGAGGUGGAUCAUUACAGGAUAUAUAUCAUAUAACUGGACCAUUAACAGAAAUACAAAUAGCAUAUAUGUGUCGGGAGACCCUCACUGGUUUAGCUUACUUACAUAGCAUGGGCAAGAUGCAUCGUGAUAUUAAGGGUGCCAAUAUAUUGUUGACUGAAUCCGGUGAUGUAAAAUUGGCAGAUUUUGGUGUAUCAGCGCAGAUCACGGCAACAAUUAACAAAAGAAAGAGUUUUAUCGGUACACCUUAUUGGAUGGCUCCUGAGGUGGCAGCCGUGGAAAGAAAAGGUGGUUAUAAUCAAUUAUGUGAUAUUUGGGCAUGUGGAAUAACUGCGAUUGAAUUAGCGGAAUUACAGCCACCUAUGUUUGACCUACAUCCGAUGCGCGCCUUAUUUCUUAUGUCCAAAUCUGGCUUCAAGCCACCAACAUUGAAGGAUCGCGAUAAAUGGAGUCCAACGUUCCAUAACUUCGUCAAAGUUGCCCUCACAAAAAAUCCGAAAAAAAGGCCGACAGCAGAGAAGUUGCUUCAGCAUGCGUUUUUCCAAGGAGAGAUGAAUAAGAGACUGGCUUUAGAAUUAUUGCAAAAAGUGUCGAAUCCCAGCCAUAUGUUCACGGAUCUGGAGGCCGAUGAAGACGGGGCGGUACCCAAUGUUCCACAAAGAAUAGCCUCUCGUCUAACUGCAAGGCCUAGGCCAAAAAGUCCAAUAUCGCAACUGGACAGUGAUGAUCAAAUCAACAUCGAUGGAGGGACAUUACAUAGAGAUGCUAUAUCACCGUCUGUGGACAGUAAUCCAGCGUGGGAUAUUAUGGAUAUCAUGAAUAACGUUAAAGCCGUGCAUAAUUGUGAUGUGCAUCCAGACUGUGGGAUUGGAUCUGCGUUUGAAGACGUCCAGGAAAAAGCUACUCUUCCAUUGGGGGAAUCUUCGAACGAUUGCGAAGUUCAUUGUCCAUAUUACAAUGUAUCUGGGUCUCAAGCGAGUCCCAGACGUCAUAGCUCUGUGGAUGAAUUGUAUGGUCUCGUCAAUAGUUCUCAGUCUUUAACAACUGUGAAUGGACAACGUCAACGAUCAUUAUCGGACAGCGGCCCUAGGGACGAACCCGCACAGUCAAACGGUGACAAUGAGAUAUCGACUGAUCGAGACAGGGAAAGUAUGAGUCCCGAUUUACUAUCAGACACUCCACCUGUUCCUCCAAGAAGAAGAGAUCGGAAGAGACAUACACCACCAAGACCGAUAAGUAAUGGAUUGCCUCCUACGCCGAAAGUGCACAUGGGAGCGUGUUUUUCAAAGGUAUUCAAUGGUUGUCCACUGAGAAUACAUUGUACCGCAAGUUGGAUUCAUCCAGAUACAAGGGAUCAGCAUCUGCUUAUCGCAGCGGAGGAAGGAAUUUAUAAUUUGAACUUGAAUGAACUUCAUGAAACUGCGAUAGACCAACUGUAUCCUAGACGUACUAUCUGGAUGUAUGUUAUCAAAGAUGUUCUUAUGUCUCUUUCCGGAAAAACGCCUCAGUUGUAUAGGCAUGACUUAUUAGCGAUGUUAAGUAAACAGACUCAUAGAUUUUCAUUGCAUAUGAAUAAAAUACCAGAGAGAUUAGUCCCUAGAAAGUUCGCUUUAACUACAAAAGUACCCGACACCAAGGGAUGCACCAAAUGUUGCGUUGGAAGAAACCCAUAUAAUGGGUACAAAUAUCUGUGCGGUGCAAUGCCGGCAGGUAUAUUCUUAAUGCAAUGGUACGAUCCAUUGAAUAAGUUUAUGCUUUUAAAACAUUUUGACUGCGUUCUACCGUCGCCGCUAAAUGUCUUUAAAAUGGUUAUCACGCCUGAAAUGGAAUAUCCGAUGGUAUGUGUAUCGGUUAAACAGCCAUAUCAGCAAAAUAAAUUAAAGCUGGACUUAAUUAAUAUGAAUUCGGGAGCGAGUUGGUUUCAUAGUGACGAAUUGGAAGAUAUGGACGGCUCAGCAACUGUGAUACCAAGACGAGAGAAUUUGAACGUUAUUAAUGUUACGCAAUUCGAAAAAGAUGCAAUACUUGUUUGUUACGAUAAUGUAGUAAAGAUGGUAACUUUACAAGGAAAACCCCGUAUUAGCAAGAAACAGUUAUCAGAGUUACAGUUUAAUUUUCAAAUCGAAUCUAUCAUUUGUCUACCUGAUAGUGUAUUGGCAUUUCACAAACAUGGUAUGCAAGGUAGAAGUUUCAAGAAUGGCGAAGUUACACAAGAGAUUAGUGAUCCGAGUAGAACUUACAGGCUACUAGGCUCAGAUAAGGUUGUGAUGUUGGAGAGUCACUUAGUUCAUAGUGGCACGUUGACUGAAUCAGAAGGAGCAGACUUGUACAUUCUCGCUGGACAUGAAGCUAGCUAUUGAGCAUUGAUCCUAAAUAGCAUCCAUCCGCUGCAUGGUUUCGCAUGAUAUGUGAUUGAACUACAUGUAAUAUGAAAUGACUACGAGAAUGGUGAGAUUAAAGUA